AUGGAAGUGGAAAUGGGAACAAUUGAAUAUUCUGGAGAGAUUUCUAUUGGGACACCUCCUCAGUAUUUCAAAGUGCUUUUUGACACUGGUUCCUCCGAUCUCUGGGUUAACGGUAGCACCAUUUCCAACCAGCAAUUUUUGGAGACUGUCUUUGAAACUGAUGACAUCCUUUUGAAUGCAACCUUUGACGGGAUCGCUGGUCUGGCCUACCCACCUCUGGAACCUGAUGGGAUGACCCCAAUAUUUGAUAAUAUGAUUGCUCAAAAUCUGGUGGAACUGCCAAUAUUCUCCUUUUACUUGAACAGGAACCCAAAUGAUCCUGUAGGAGGUGAGCUGAUCUUUGGUGGCUAUGAUCCCUGUCUUUUCACUGGAAAUCUCAGCUGGGCUCCGGUCACUCAGAAAGACUACUGGCAGAUCCAAAUUGAUAAUAUCCAGGUGGGAGGGACAAUUGCAUUCUGUGCAGAAGGCUGCCAGGCUGUCGUGGACACAGGGAGCUCUCUCAUCUCAGGUCCACCUGAUGACAUUAAGCAGAUGCAAAACUUAAUCGGUGCACACCUAAAUAAUGAUACGUAUUUUAUAGAAUGCAGUAACCGCAGUGUGAUGCCAGAUAUUACUUUCACAAUCAACGGGAUCCCCUACCCUCUUAUUCCAGAAGCCUAUACCCUUGUGUUCAAUGACAAUGAAACACAGCUGUGCAUGAGUGGUUUUGAUAGUUUUGACAUGAAUUCACCGAAUGGCUCAUUUUGGAUCCUGGGGGACGUUUUUCUCAGAGCGUACUACUCUGUGUUUGACCGUGGGAAUGACAGAGUUGGGUUUGCUCCAGCUGUUCCUUAA